UCAUCGACAUAUCCACAAUUUUUUUUGCCUCCAUUUUCGGGAAAGUUUUUCAUUACUCGCGCUGCCGUCGUUGCGUGCCAUCUCGUCGUCGCGGCUUUUUCGCAUUAUUUUUUUCGUCCGUCAUCGUUUUUCUUGAAGAAGAGUCCGUGGAAGCCGUGGCCACCUGCUAGCAAUAAGCCUUGUCCUCCCAAUAAACGCUCGUGCUCAUCGAAUGUCCGUGAAUUUCAAUCGGAGCUGCUGGUCGUUGUUCCCCAUUAGCCAAAAGAAAUAAACAAUUUGCCACCAUUCUUCCGGCGAGACACAAUCCGGUCAUGAGGAGACGAACCAGAAAUAGAACCGAGAGAACGGAACGACCAGAUCGGAAGCAGACCGAGAUACGGAAGGAACCGAAAAAAAGGAUUAAGUGCCAGUCAGUUCUCCCACCAAAACUCCCGGCCGGUAAAACCAUCAAGGUGGGAGAUGGAAGUAUGGUCAUUGGUGGAAGGUUGGCAAAGUCCUCUGCUCGGGAAGGAUACUAUCAAUCGGCGAAACCAGGUGUGCUGGUGAACAGGACAAGGGAACAAAAACUGUGGAACCAAAAUAAACAAACCACGAUGUACAAUGAUGAGUCUCCGGCAAUCAGCAGCAAGGAACACGGCCUUCUAGAAAUUAAGUAACGUUUAAUUUUGCCGCUGGGAUCGGUCGACUUCGGAAGGGAAGAGAGCGGAGGAAAUGCCCACGUUGCAGGAGCAGAAAAUGUCGUCUACCAUCUACGGCAAAUAGAGAGCCCUAAUCGGCACGACUGGUAAGAUUGUAGAAUUUUUUUGCUUCAAUAUUUGUCUUCAUUUUGUUUCCCUUGUAGGUUUAAUUCCACCUGAUGCGGGGCAACAGCAAUGAACGUCCAGGGCUGAGACAACACCGGACACUCUCUAUGGGCAUCUGCUCUAUCUACAUCUUCGGACAAUUUGUGCAGCUGAAGCCGGGUGUGACAGAAGAGAAUUUCAUUUGUCAGGAUACUUCAAAAUUUACGGAGCCGGGAACCCAGCCCAAGUGUCCGCAGCCAAGAAGUAUCAACUCGCGAGGAUCUACCCGAAGACAGCGAUGGCAGGUUGCUGGCGAAAGUUCAGAAUAGGAACGCGCCGAUCUUUGUUUAUUGUAGGUGGCAUUUAUGAUCAUAAAUAAAUAAAUACAUAAUUUGAA